ACUCGAGAUCAGUGUUUUAAUUCCCUCGGCACAAUAACGUCUGUACGAAUGAAGAAAGGACAUUCUUGACCAAAAUAGAAAAAUUCACUUUCUGCAAAAUAUAACUUUUUGCGAGUGAUAUUUUUAACAGAGUCUAGUCAUUUCAAGCAGUAUCAAUUUAUAAAUUAACAAGAUGUUGAUUGGUGGAUCUGUUACUGUUGUUGCUGGUAGGCAGGCAGUUCGUUCCGUUUAUUGGAGAACGGGUAACAAUGGACGUCUUUUGAAAACAGCUAAAACGUGUUUAUUCGAGGGACCACCGAAACCCGCACCAUCAUCAACGUCCGCAUCCUCAUCCUUUCCACUCACAUCAAGAAUGGAUCAAAUUCCUGAAACAAUUCGAAAGAUGUAAACAAAAACAGUUUUCGAUUUAGAUGUAACAAAAAAUCCACUGUAAAUAACAUAAUUAUUUAUUUGGCAGAGUGAACGAACAUUGAAAAACAUAACGUCAUGACACUGAAAUAAACAAGUAUUUAUUUUCAAAAAAA